AUGGUUGAGUCUGGGAGCCGAGGAAGGAUUCACCGCCCCCUGAGCCUCACCUGUUCCCUGCUCAUUGUGGGAAUAUGCUGUGUGUCUCCUUUCUUCUGUCAUAGCCAGACAGACUUGCUGGCUCUUCACCAAGCUGAUCCUCAGUGCUGGGAAUCCUCUUCAGUGCUUCUUUUGGAAAUGCAGAAGCCUCGCAUUUCCAACACUGUUUCAGGCUUCUGGGAUUUUAUGAUCUAUCUGAAGUCAUCUGAGAACUUGAAGCAUGGGGCACUGUUCUGGGAUCUAGCCCAACUCUUCUGGGACAUCUAUGUGGACUGUGUCCUCUCCAGGAACCACGGCUUGGGAAGGAGGCAAUUGGCUGGCGAGGAAGACAGAAUCUCAGCAGCACAGUCAGGGCACACAAGGAGUAAACAAGAUGCAUAUUCUCACCUUCUAAGAACACCUUUCCUAAAGAAGAAGGAGUUGGUUGAAGAUGUGAUAAACAUGUAUGUGCCCAGGAGUGGGUCUAGGUUCACAGGAAAAGUGACCAGUGGCCUGAAAAUAAAGAGAAAAUAA